AAUCACUUUUUUUUGCAGAGACUAUCGCUGACCCGUCCAGGGACAACCAGGACACCAUGUCCGGAGAGACCCCUGCUGACGUGGGCCCCCCCAGCACCACCACCAAUGACCCCCUUCAUCACAUGACCGAGCAGGCCUUCACCUUUGACUACGAGGACGCCACGCAAGGCCUCGCCAUGGAGGACGAGGAAGGUGUCCUGGGACCGGGUGCCAUCACCGCCAUCGUCAUCGCCGUUUUCCUGGGGGCAUCCGUCCUCUUGGCGCUCAUCGUCAUCACUCUCAGAAAGUUCACGGCCUCGUAG